AUGAUUGGAUCCCCAAGGGGGCGGCAGAAGAGACGAACCCCAACACAGCUCGAUCCACGUCUUUUCGCGCUUGCAAGGCCUGGGGGACCACUAUCUAGUCAAAGUCAGUUACUUGGUUUCAAUUCCAGUGAUCAGUACUCUCAUAUUCCAAAGGCGCACGCUUCACCAGCAGUAACCGCGUUCCUGGUCUUCAAAGUCAAGAAACAACGGUCGCUUCGCCCCAAACUUCGCCCGAGGUUGAACCACCACCAACGUCGCAUGCUAGCAGUCGCUGGAGUAGUAGCGAACGGUCACUCCGCCAGCCUUCACAAUGGCCUCGAAGUGGACGGUACUUCUGUAUACAACAAGCUGAAGACACCCCCAUCGCACAGGGGCGGAACAUCUGUCCAGGCUACUCUCCCAUUGCGUAGGGGCGAGACAUCCGACCAGGCUGUCAUUAGGCCUCAACUCAAUCGAGCCGAUGAGGACACCCAUGUGCAAAGCGAACAAGCGCAAGGUUUUUGGGCCAACCCCCUCAUAUCCGAAGGGUAUGGCAUGGGAACGGCACUAUUGGAGCGGGUCCUCGAAGAUGGGACAAGCCAAGUACGUCAGACACCUGAGCGUCUAGAAGCAUUGCCCACCGUCGAAUAUGCAGCCUCUGAGGCUUUAUCGAACCCGGAGCCCUUACCAGGGCAUUUAUCGAGUGACAGAAGCCCCCAAGGACCCUCUUUGGGUACACCUUCAGGAUGGGGUGCUUCCAUUAGUUCAUUUCUAAGCAAAAAGGACCCAUCCGAACGGGGUACCACCAAACUUAAUGAAGAAAUCGAAGAAUUGUCAAAUAAGUACAAUGCCUUAUCUGAAAUAGUCGUGGAAGGGAACCAAGAGGUAUUGGAAGAAGUGCAAUCUUUACGUGAAACCAUCUCGACCAUGAUAUCCAACGCCGGACAGAGCACUACGGCGUCUAAGCUCGCUUCCCCAGAUAUGAAGAAGCCUGGUAUGACAAAGCGUAGAGCGGUGGAAACCCUUGUUCUCGUGAAGAGUGUUCGAGGUUAUUUAGCUAUUCUCCUUCGGAUGGGAGAGGAAGGCAGGUCGGAGGCUCUGACGACCGUCGGCUCCGACAACAUCCAGAAAUUCACCGAAUUAUGCGGUGGCAAUGACGUCGAUGGCGGUGAUUGCUGCACCGUGGAGAAUUUCAGGAUCGACUUGAUUGGCCCGCCAAGGAGCCUGUGGAACACAUCUGCAGCCAAUGUAUUCGUCCACACAUUCGAGGCGUUCACCGGCGUGGAACUGGACCAGCAGAUGGUGCGGACUGCAUUCUUCACGCGGUUGAAAACCCUCAAACAGGAGUACAAACUUUCCAAGAAAUCAAAGAGGGAACAACAGAACAGUAUUAUUCAAAAGCACAGGAAAAUGAGAAAGAGGACGCUCUUCAUCCAGCGUCACGACACUGUGCUGCAUGAUCAUCGCCUCCACAAGCACAUAUCCUUACUAGACCGUCUAGGCAUUGAUGGGAUGUCCAGCGAUGAAUCCGACGGAGAGGAGUGCAUGGGCUCAGAAGUGCAUACAGCUGCGCCGAGAUUUCGGGUGUGA